GGAUGAGUGUGUGUAGGGGGAGGAAUUCUCCAUUCAUGUUUUCGUUGCAUCCAGCUGCGAGCCAUCGCACUGUUGGGAACAAGCUCCCCCCUUCUCGAAAGACUAGUCACGAGGGCCAGCGAGCCUCGCUCUGGCCAUCACACUCUGUAUCGGGGAUCUUCACCAGCUUCAGAUGUACCGUAAAGUUGUCACCUCACCUCCACUGCCGUGAUUCCAUUGGAUGUAAGAUGUUGACGAACGGGCCAAUGGCCCCCUGCCACACACACACACUCCCACACUCUCCAUCACCACAGCUUCGCCGGCGGCUCCAGUCGUGGAGGUCGCUGCGCGGAUACAACAAAUGCAAGGCCUAUGCUAGUUGUUGUGAGUCGGGGCCCACCCCAUGUCCAUCGAUAGUCAGAAGCCACCCAACAAGCACCGUGGUGAGCCGCUGAUGCUGACAAAGUGUGAAAACUGUGUUGUGUAAAACAAACAAACAAAAGCUAUAAAGCGGAAUAAUCGAAUAUAAAGCUCGGACAGUGUUUCAAGGUAAAAUGAGUCUUUUGACAUGCGUUUGAAACAAAUAUUCUAGGACAGAUUUCAGAAAGAUAAAACAAACAAAAAGCAAUUCUGAAGUUUUACAGCUUUUCGAAAAAAAGGUCUGGAGGAAUUGCAGAGAGGUUAUCGAUUCUCAUUGGUUUCAGUGGAAUGAUAUCCUGCGUGGUUGUUGUAUCCUGUACUUUUUAAAACUGUUCUCCAUUCAGAGAUCUUCGAAUAGAAGGAGCGCACAGUUCUUUAGAAAACGAAAUAGGAACAUCCGGCAAGCUGCUUCUCAACCGUUGGUGUUUUUCUUGGUGGACAAACAGGUUCAGAGGGCUGAUCACGUGACCACAAACAAGUGAUAGCACUCGCAUCUGCUAUUUUAUCGGCGCACCUGUGAGGACUGUAUUGAAACAAACUUUACAACGAUUUAAAUGUGAAUGGUGGCAGAUGAACGCCUGAUGUGAACUGCAACCAGGAAGCAGAGAGUUGUCUGGCUGUGUGUGUGUUUAAUGUAAUAACUGCGAGAUGGCGGUGACGUCACCACACUGGUGCAGGUGGUAGCAGCUGGGUCGAUUCUCGCUCAGUCACCGACGAGUUUCACAAGACUUCGUUAGUUAAACGCGUUCAGAAGACUGAAAGUUUACCUUACAGCAGGACACGUGUUCUUGGCUUCUCGUCAGUGGUCGCUAUGGGAGACGGAUUCUCAGUUCAGGACGAUGAGAGGGACCUCCUCGAUGACUACAAUUACACUCUAGACGAGUUCAUCAACGAGACACACAGCAUGUAUGACUUCUACAAGGUGCCGCAGCUGGUUCUGGUCUCAACUCUCCUGGUGUUCAUCGUAGUCGGCAACUGCUGCGUGCUGGCCGCCAUCCAGUUGUCUGACAACGGCCGCAAGACUCGCAUGAAUUUUUUCAUCACGCACCUUGCCAUAGCAGACCUGUUGGUCGGAGUGAUCUGUGUACUCACUGACCUCUUGUCCAAGAUCACCGUCGAGUGGUAUGCCGGGAACGUCAUGUGUAAAAUCAUCCAGUACCUCCAGGCCGCCGUGACCUACGUCUCCACCUACGUCCUCGUCUCUCUGAGUCUGGAUCGUUAUGACGCCGUGGCUCGACCUAUGAACUUCUCCAGAAGCCAGUACCAGGCCCGAGUCCUCAUCUGGCUGUCCUGGGUCUCAGCCCUGCUCUUCGCCCUGCCAGCCCUCUUCCUCUACAGCGUGGAGCAACAGGAGGACAAGCAUCAGUGCUGGAUCGACUUUCCCUUAUUCUGGCACUGGAAGCUGUUCUUUACCCUCGUUGCUGUGGUAACGUUCGUGUUACCUGCCAUUAUCAUCGCUUCCUGUUACAUCGCAAUCAUCCUCGUCAUCUGGACGAAGGGGCAUAACUCUCGAGAUUCGUCUUUGGAACAGGCGGCACUCAACGGAAGGCAAAGUAGGAAGAACAGCUCUGUGGGGUCAAAUGAGCGGCAGUGGACAACCCUGGGAGGUCAGCGCCAUGACACGGCAAGAGGCAUCAUACCCCAAGCCAAAAUUCGAACUGUGAAGAUGACCCUCAUCAUUGUGAUAGUUUUCAUCCUCUGUUGGAGUCCCUUCUUCCUGUACAACCUUCUGGAGCUGUAUGAGGCCAUUCCACAGAACGAUCGCAUGUCGACUUUCAUUCAGAGCGCAGCGCCCCUCAACUCUGCGGCGAACCCCAUCAUCUAUGGCAUCUUCAGCACUCGCAUCUGCCGCAAUCUCAGACGGCUGCCAGCGGUGGCCUACCUGCUGGAUGCCAUGUGUAGGUGCAGGCACGCAGCCCGGAAAGACUACUCUGCUGGCAACACCCGAGGUACUACAGCUUCGCUCACAGACCAGACCCUCUCCACGCUCGAUCCUCACCAUAAACGCAUCCACAGCGAGGCUCUCGCCGCGUCGCCCGGCUCUCUGGCCACCCGCCGUCCGUCCGGGCUCCCAGUCGUGCGCCGCCAACUGACGGAGAAAGAGCAGCAACUCCUGAAGCGCGUCACUGCGGGACGUCAGCAGUUAUGUCCCUUGAUUACCGUCGAGGAGCCUUCGCAUGUCGAUGGCUUUCUACCCGACAAGAAGAACAUUAAGAGGGGACAGGGCAAAAAAAUAGAACCAGAUGAUAUCAGUCAGAUACACACUAUGAUAAUAGAGAGCGAUGACAUCACCGAAGGCCUGUAAUUUGAUUAGAUACUGUCUUUUUUCUCCCCAGGGAGGAAAAAAGGAAAUGAUUAUGAGUUGUGUAAUUUAAAAAAAAAAGCAACCUACGUUUCUACAUCCCUGAAAAAUAUAUAAAUAUUGUUUACUCCUUCUGUUAAGGCGCCUUUUACAAAGAACUCUAAAGCAGCCUUGUUUUGGUGACAACUCUAAGGUCGGUUAAAACAGUUUUACUAUCGUUUAUCUGAGAAUACUUGCAGCUCACUAUAACUACUUAUCAACAGUUGACCUACCAUGGCUCUUCAAACUUCAUAUCGCUCUUUUCAUCCUCGUCUCAAUCAGCCCUUUGUCUGAGUUAUUGAUCUAUAGGAACGUAUUCUGGCGUCAGAUUCUAAUUGACAUGUGUGUCAUAUUAAUUCAUUGGAAUAACCAGAACUGAAACUCAGCAUUCAAGAAGAAAACUUCUCUCACUGUUGUGUCCUCUGCUGCAAGUCUGCCCAUCUGUGCAUGAAACCGCGGACGUGUACAGGUUUGUGAUGAAACCUUGAGACAACAGAUCUGCACCGAAAGGACACCAGGAGGAAGAUUCGAACUCAUGACCUACGAUCUUGGUGACAGUUGCGUCGUGUCGGUGAUAAUUUUAACAUGAAUGGUCAAGACUGAGGAAAGAUUGGAUUGCACUAACGAAAACAGUUAUGCACGUUCUGGAGCGCGAGAUUAGUAAUCAUCAUGUCUGAUUGUCUUAAGCAGCUCUUUUUUGAAAGAAAAGAAAGCUCCGAGUGAGAAUAUCAGACUCGCAUCACUGAGCUGGCUCAAACUCGAGGUCGAGACCGUGUACGUCUCCGACACGUCAUGGCGUGAGUUGGGUUCAUGACCGCGGACGCGCAGUUGAACAAGACGAAACGUACAAUUUCAGCUAUCUCACAAAGAUAUUUUUUGAGCUAGUAUAGAUACUAGUUCGCUACCUCUUUUUCUCGAUUCAUUUUUAUAACCGUUAUGCUCUGCUUAAGUGUGGAAGUCGAAAUGAGCACGAUACUAGUGUUUUGAAGUGUUUACAUUCCUGAUAUUUAAUCUUUUGCUUAAGUACAAGAAACGUAGUUGAUCUGUUUAUAUUCUUUGGCCGAAAGAGCUGACAUACUCUAAUGACGACGCAUGGCAGCUGGUCAAGAUGUUCUGUCGGCCAUGCAGUUUAAGUGGUUACAUCUGAGAUUAUUUAGCCGCUCAUCUCAAUGCGUCUCGUUCAACUAGUCGAAGCAUUUAAGCUUGCUUUUGUACAUAUAGUCACCAUGUGAAUAAGUAUCUUCAAAGGCAAGAUGGAUUUUUUUUUUAAAUGGCUAGGACUUGUCUGAGUACACUAUUAUUUUGUGAUCCUGGUCUAGCGAUUGAAACAUUGAAACGUUCUUCAUAAUGCAUGUUAGCAACUUAUGCUUUUACCUUGCAUUUAAGUGUUUUCUGGAACAGUGUUUGUUAACGAAAUCCCCCAUGACUAACCGCAGCAUUAUUUUAUUUAUUCGAAGUCUGCAAGUGUUAAUGUAAUAGUAUUGUAUUCUUCGUGUCAGUGUAUUGCUAAAAUUAUUAUCGCCGAUCAUGUGACCUAAGAACAGAAAAUUUUGGAAAACUUGGUGUGAAAGUAAAAAAAAGAAAAGAAGUUGAUAGCUCUCUUUGCAAAUUACAGAGUGAUGAGAAAUGGUAAAGUCUACAACUCGCUUCCAGCAGUUAAUUUUCGUAGAAAAGGAUUUCUGGUGUGUCCAUAUUCGAAAUGGCAGACAAUAUACAAUGAAAAUAUACGUUUACAUCCAUAUUCAGUGCAGAUGCAGUGGCUGUCAAAAGAGAUACAAAAUGAGGACUGUGCUUCCCUCAUUUUCUUUGGUGCAGCUCUCGAACAAGCGUCACCCCUCCGAUUCCCAAGGAUCUUCACGGAGAUGACAGAAUAUUCAGGGGAAGCUACUACGUUUUCCUGCUGGAUACAUGCGGACGUCUUGUCGCCCUUGGUUUCUGUGUAUUGCUUGGGUGUCGUUGACACUGCUGCACCACACAGGAUGACACGACUCAAAAAUGACUUUGUGAUUUAAAAACACAGAGUGGACUGUGUGACAGAUCGAACUGUGUAAUUUAAAAACACAUAGUAGAUUAUGAAGAUUAAUUAAAUGCGUGUGGUGAAUUUGUGCAGCUUUAAAAAAAAUCCAAACCCGUGAUUCUAAGAAUCUCGCCUUACAUUUCUUCUCUAAUGUGAUCAUGUCUAACAGCUUGCUGUAAAGUUGAUGUUCAUCGUACUUUAUCCAUUAAAAGGACGAAUGUCAAGUUCUUUUGCAUGCGUACAGCUUAUAAGGAGAGGGUAUGGGGGUCAUCAGCCUCCCAGCCCCACCUACCGCUGCUGAUAUCAAGAUCGUCUUUUUUUUUUUUUUUUUUAAAAAAAGAUUGAGGAUUGAUAUCUUCUGCAAAAGAGCGGCUUUACGUGGAAUUUGACGUUCUUUUGUUUCCUGUGUAAAGUGAUUUGUUGUCAGUAAUUAAUCUCGAGAUUCUCGUAAUGUCUCGUUGAGAAUGAGAAUUUACGUUUUCCUGAAAAUGCGUUGCUUUACCGAGGUAUCAACUCUUCCUGAUUUGUUCUCAUAAAGCAAAUCUCUGAACUUAUGAUCAUUUAAACCAUGUGUGUGACCCAAUCGACUUCGGCUUAAUAUUUUCUGCUUUUGUUCAGUUUUUUUUUUUUUAACAAAAAAAAAAAAGCUCUGGUCCUGUUAUCUAGUGGAAAUCUGCUCUAAGACUUUUUCUUAGUUUGUUCCCAGGCCCCAGGCAAGUCGUUGAACAAACGUAUAUCUGGCUUGUAGUAGCACUCUGUCAGUCUGACGUUAAAUUGUCAGGGUUAUCGAUGAUCUUGUAGUUGCGAGACGCCAUGCUCAUCAAACAAGCA